AUGAAACCAGUCCAGGACAUGUUCGAGGAAGAAAACCGGCCAUUCACAUUGAUUUUACAUGCUACUCUGCAUCAAGAUAUCGAUGUGAACAAGAUGGCCGCUCAGGCUCGUCACCACCCUCCUUCCAUCGCUCCGGAAAUGCAAAGUCUGCAAAUGGAACAAGCACCCAACUUAUCCUCCGGCCAAGGUACAACAGGACGUCUCGAGCCGCUCGCCAAAUCUGGUGACCCACCAGGCACCAAACUCCUCCUAUUGACGGAAUUGUCAAGCGCCACAUCCAGUUCCCCAACCACUCUCGCAACCACUCUCCCACCUCCCCCCAAAAGGUUCACUCUUUUCCCAAAAUUCCCGUUUGAGCUGCGGCAGAUGAUCUGGCGCGAAGUAUUGGUAAUGCCACAAGUCUUAUCUUUUGACCAUAGUCUGAGAUUCGGACUCACGCCCAUGCAAGAGAUAGAAAUGUCCAAAAAGUACGAAGGACAGCUUGAAAGUUGGAGUACCCUGGUUACAGUUUCUAAAGAAGCUCGAACAGAAUCACUGAAGGUGCGGAAGCCAUUGCAAUUCCUGACUAGACGAAAACCCGGUUAUGAUACGAAUGUCAAGCAAAAAAGAACCUUGUGCUGGAAUGGCGAACUGGAUAUUGUUUGGUAUUCAGACCACAAUAUUCUGCGGUUUGUUCAGUUCGGUAUCCCACUCGUCACAAAAUCAACACCACCCAAUCUCUUUCCUAAAUUGGCCUUUAGUCUAGAUACUUGGCAUCAAGCUCUGUUGGGUGACGCCCGAAGCCUUCUCGGUCGCCUUCGAAGAUACGAUUACUUGGCAGAUGCUUAG